AACAGCCAUGGGGUGGUGUGACCCAAUCGGAGAGCAGGAAUAUAUCAGCCAAGUCUAUCAUCAGAUAGGAAGAGGGGAGAAAACUGAGGAGAACCCAGAAGUGUAGUCAGUGGUCCACGCCGACAGCUAAACCACAGAUACAAGAAGGAGCAGUUAGCAGUAUCUUUAGCCAAACUGUCCCUUUCCUAGAAUUGCCGGCUGAAAUCGUUUCACAUCCGAAACGAUCCAAAUCUUCUCAACACAUAACCUGGGAGAUCUUUUCCACAUCUCUCAAGAUAUAAAGACCACUGUUCUCUGAUCUACCAUGUCAGCCAAAGCCAUCUCGGAGCAGACAGGGAAGGAGUUCCUCUAUAAGUAUAUCUGUACAUCUGCAGCUGUCCAGAACCGGUUCCGCUAUGCCAACGUGACGACUGAGACCGACUUUGACCGGCUGGCACAGGACCACCCCUGGCUGCUCACUGAGCGGCUGGUAGUGAAGCCGGACCAGCUGAUCAAGCGGCGGGGGAAGCUGGGACUGGUAGGUGUCAACCUGGAUCUGAAAGGUGUCCAAGAGUGGCUGAAGACCCGCCUCAUGAGAGAGACCAUGGUGGGAAAAGCAAAGGGGAUCCUGAAGAACUUCCUCAUCGAGCCAUUCGUAGCCCACAAGCAGGAAGAGGAGUUCUACGUGUGUAUCUACGCCACACGGGAGGGAGACUACGUGUUGUUCCACCAUGAAGGAGGGGUAGACGUGGGGGAUGUGGACGCUAAGGCCAGUAAGCUUCUGGUAGGCGUGGACGAGAAGCUGACUGAAGACGCAGUGAGGAAACAGCUCCUGACCCAUGUCGCUGCAGACAUAAAAGAGGUUCUGGCCAGCUUCAUUGUUGGACUGUUCAACCUGUAUCAAGACCUAUACUUCACCUACCUUGAGAUCAACCCACUGGUGGUCACGAAGGAUGGCGUGUUUGUGCUGGACAUGGCGGCUAAGAUCGAUGCCACGGCGGACUACCUCUGUAAGGCCAAGUGGGGCGACGUAGAGUUCCCUCCACCCUUUGGCAGGGAGGCCUACCCUGAGGAGGCCUAUAUUGCAGACCUGGAUGCCAAGAGUGGUGCCAGUCUCAAGCUCACCCUGCUCAACCCCCGUGGCAGAAUCUGGACCAUGGUGGCAGGGGGAGGGGCUUCUGUCGUCUACAGUGACACCAUCUGUGACCUGGGUGGGGUUGACGAGCUGGCCAAUUACGGGGAGUAUUCAGGAGCGCCCAGCGAACAGCAGACCUAUGACUAUGCCAAGACCAUCCUGUCCCUGAUGACCCGCGAGAAACACCCGGACGGAAAAGUCCUGAUCAUCGGAGGAAGCAUUGCAAACUUCACUAACGUUGCAGCCACAUUUAAGGGCAUUGUCAGGGCCAUCAGGGACUACCAGGGCCCCAUAAAGGAGCAUGAGAUCACCAUAUUUGUCCGCCGUGGGGGCCCCAACUAUCAGGAAGGCCUCAGGGUCAUGGGCGAAGUGGGUAAGACUACUGGCAUCCCCAUCCAUGUCUUCGGCACAGAGACUCACAUGACUGCCAUUGUCGGCAUGGCGCUGGGCCACCGACCAAUACCCAAAGAGCCUCCCGUCGCCGCCCACACCGCCAACUUCCUGCUCAACUCCAGUGCCAGUUCAUCGACCCCAGCCUCUAGCAGGACAGCCUCCUUCUCUGAGAACAAGGCUGGCCCCGGGGCCUCUGCUGCCAAGAAGGCCAAGUCAGGGGCCCCUCCAGAGCGACAGGCGUCGUCAGACAGUCCAGGAGUCAAGGCGUCAACCCUCUUCAGCAAGCAGACCAAGUCCAUCGUGUGGGGCAUGCAGACUCGGGCCGUGCAGGGCAUGCUGGACUUUGACUACACCUGCUCCAGGGAUGAGCCCUCUGUGUCUGCCAUGGUCUACCCAUUCACUGGGGACCACAAGCAGAAGUUCUACUGGGGCCAUAAGGAGAUCCUGUUGCCUGUCUAUAAGAACAUGGGCGACGCCAUGAAGAAACACCCGGAGGUGGACGUGCUCAUCAGCUUCGCCUCGCUCCGCUCUGCCUUCGACAGCACCAUGGAGACCAUGCAGUACCCGCAGAUCCACACCAUCGCCAUCAUAGCCGAGGGCAUCCCUGAAGCCCAGACCAGGAAGAUCAUUAAGAGGGCGGACGAGAAGGGUAUCACUAUCAUUGGCCCGGCAACGGUUGGAGGGAUCAAGCCUGGCUGUUUUAAGAUUGGGAACACAGGGGGCAUGCUGGAUAACAUCCUGGCCUCUAAGCUGUACAGGCCAGGCAGUGUGGCCUACGUGUCCCGCUCUGGAGGCAUGUCCAACGAGCUCAACAAUAUAAUCUCCCGCACCACCGACGGAGUCUACGAGGGUGUGGCCAUUGGAGGAGACCGAUACCCAGGCUCAAUCUACACAGACCAUGUGCUGAGGUACCAGGACACCCCAGGGGUAGAGAUGAUCGUAAUGCUGGGAGAGAUUGGCGGCACAGAGGAGUAUACGAUCUGCCAGGGCAUCAAGUCAGGCAGGAUCACCAAGCCUGUGGUGAGCUGGUGCAUCGGGACCUGUGCCACCAUGUUCUCCUCUGAGGUCCAGUUUGGUCAUGCUGGAGCGUGUGCCAACCAGGCCUCAGAGACAGCCGUGGCCAAGAACCUGGCUCUGAAGGAGGCCGGAGCCUUCGUACCCAAGAGCUUUGACGAGCUGGGAGAUGUCAUCAAAUCAGUGUAUGACGACCUCGUUGGCACAGGAGUCAUCGUUCCAGCUAUGGAGGUGCCCCCUCCCACGGUGCCAAUGGACUACUCCUGGGCCCGGGAGCUGGGUCUGAUCCGUAAGCCAGCCUCCUUUAUGACCAGUAUCUGUGAUGAGCGGGGCCAGGAGCUCAUCUACGCUGGAAUGCCCAUCACUGAGGUGUUCAAGUCAGAGAUGGGCCUGGGAGGAACCUUGGGACUCCUCUGGUUCCAGAGGAGGCUGCCCAGUUAUGCUGCCAAGUUCAUUGAGAUGUGUCUGAUGGUAACUGCUGACCAUGGUCCUGCCGUCUCCGGUGCCCACAACACCAUCGUCUGUGCCCGUGCUGGCAAAGACCUCAUCUCUAGCCUCACCUCUGGCCUGCUCACCAUCGGGGACCGGUUCGGAGGGGCCCUGGAUGCUGCAGCCAAGCAGUUCAGCAAGGCGUUUGACAGCGGCAUGUUGCCCAUGGAGUUUGUCAAUAAGAUGAAGAAGGAGGGCAACCUGAUCAUGGGCAUCGGACACAGAGUCAAGUCGAUCAACAACCCAGACAUGCGGGUGCAGAUCCUGAAGGACUUUGUGAAGAAGAACUUCCCCUCCACCCAGCUGUUGGACUACGCCAUGGAUGUAGAGAAGAUCACCACCGCCAAGAAACCCAACCUGAUCCUGAAUGUGGACGGUUUCAUCGGAGUAGCCUUUGUGGACCUGCUCAGGAACUGUGGUGGAUUUACAAGGGACGAGGCUGAUGAGUUUGUGGAGAUCGGAGCGCUGAAUGGAAUCUUUGUCCUGGGGCGAAGCAUGGGCUUCAUCGGACACUACCUGGAUCAGAAGAGGCUGAAACAGGGUCUGUACCGUCACCCUUGGGAUGACAUCUCCUACGUUCUCCCCGAACACAUGUCCAUGUAACCACGGAAACCAGGCCAUGGACCCCCCCCCCUACCCCACCAUCGCACCCUAACCUCCACCCUCACCUUUACUGUGUUCUGUCAGCCCCAAGUGGUGGGAGAACAACAAUGAGGACUGAUAUUAUUAUAGAUGUGUCUUUACAACUGUAAUAAGGACAACCCUUUUUUUAAAUUAAUAUAGUUUCAGUUGAUUUUUUAUCCGUUAGCUGAUCAAACAUGCUGCAACCCCGUUAAUAAUAGAAAGGCCUGCAAAACUGUGAAGGCGCACUCAGAUGUGUAUGAGUCUGCGAGAGAGAUCAAGCAAGCUGCAGAGAAUGAGAAAAGAGGCACAUUCAUUAGUUGACCCUUAACCCUAUAGUGUGUGAGUGCAGUUAAUGCAAUUAUCUUCCCAAGAUUACCAGUAGGGAUACAGAUGAUUGUCUUCCUAUUUACUGCUAUUACUACUACUACAGCUUCUAUACUACACCUAUGCCUACAGUGAAGUACGUUGAUGAGACUAUCUCCCACUAUGUCUCUCCAUAAACCAAGCAUGUGUCUGUGUAUCACAGACUUCCUGUGUGUCGCUGUGCAGUUCUCUUUCUUGUGUGUUGGUGCCGUAUUAAAAUCAUACGCUUUCUAUCAGGGGUGAGCCGUAGUGCAACAAUACUAGCUACUGUUUUACAGUUCUAUAGAUUAUAGCUUUAUUUAUGUAUAGAUGUUUUAACAGCCGAGUAAAUAAAUGUAAUGGAAAGUAUUAGCAUUUUGAUGUAUUGUAAAUGCCCAUGAAACAGUUGUGUUUUAAACCGUAAGAUAUGUCGCUGACCAAUCGCAUUGGGCUGUAAAUACAGUGAAAAGCUCAUCCUCUGUCCCAAACAGGACGGUGCCCAGGAUGGCAAAGGUACCAUAGAAUGCAGCAUUAUUUAACUGAAUGUUACUAGCUAGACCAGCUCCAUUGUGACCGGCUAUUUCUCGUAAGCUGUAUCUGUCCGUACCAUUUGUGUUGUCAUGUCAACACAAUUUGUUUGACCUAAUGUGAUGUGAACUGAGCGUGCCUCUGUAGAGAUGUGUCGUAAUAUAUUUUCAGAACGGUGUGACUUGCGUAUAUUAAAGAUGACCCAUUGGAACAUA